AUGUAGCAGCAGCAGCAGUCCACAGUACAUCGGCAACCAUGUAGCUCUGAGAGCAGAAAUAUCUUCUCCCGACGGACGGAAGUAUCAUGUCUUCAUAUUCAUUCAUGUCGACAUAAAGUAGCCGUGCGACAGAAUGUGUGUGUGAACAAAACCGGGGACCGCGGACGGGAAUCACAAGGCGGAGGGAGUCGACGUGAAACCGAAGCCUGUUAUAUAGAGGCACUAUCUGCCCUCGCCUGGAGGUUUGGAAGGGGGACGCUGGUCUUACUCAUGAUUUAUUAGCACACCUCGGCGUUUUAUCGGCUCUUUAAAUGUCUCCACUCGUCCAGCUAAGCGCAUUUUAGACCCGGGAGCAGGGCAUGUAACGCUAACGGACACCGGGGCCAGUUUGUAGUUUGCACCAGGUCUGCCUGCCCGCGUUACCGCCCCGUUUUUUCUCUCUUGUAGUAGCGCUAACAGCACAGCCAGAGGGCUGAGGAUACGCCGCUGGCUGAGGACUAGUCGCCAGAACCUGCUCAGACACCAUGGGGAAUACAACCUCCUGCUGCGUGUCGUCCAGCCCCAAACACCGGAGGAACAAUCACUCCAGGCUGGAGACCUACCGGCCGGAGCCGGAGCUGAGUCGAGAGGACACGGGCUGCAACCUCCAGCACAUCAGCGACAGAGAGAAUAUAGACGAUCUGCCCAUGGAGUAUAAUCCCUCAGACCAUCCCCGGGCCAGCACCAUCUUCCUCAGCAAGUCACAAACUGACGUUGCUGUGCCCAACAAGAGAGUUCGAGAAAAACGGAAGAGCCUUUACAUCAACCAUCAUCAUACAGGCCCAGUGAGACGGAAGUACAGCUCCUGUUCCACCAUAUUCCUCGAUGACAGCACUGUCAGUCAGCCCAACCUCAAAUACACCAUCAAAUGUGUAGCCCUCGCAAUAUUCUACCACAUAAAGAACAGAGAUGUCGACGGAAGAAUGCUGUUAGACAUUUUCGAUGAGAAACUGCAUCCGCUCUCCAAGUCUGAGGUUCCUGCUGAUUAUGACAAACUCGACCCCGAGCAGAAGCAGAUCUACCGCUUCGUCAGGACGCUGUUCAGCGCCGCACAGCUCACAGCUGAGUGCGCAAUUGUCACAUUGGUGUAUUUGGAGCGGCUCCUGACCUACGCCGAGAUCGACAUUUGUCCUGCCAACUGGAAGCGUAUCGUGUUAGGAGCCAUCCUCCUGGCGUCCAAGGUGUGGGACGACCAGGCUGUCUGGAACGUUGACUACUGCCAAAUUCUCAAGGAUAUCACUGUGGAGGACAUGAAUGAGCUGGAGCGUCAGUUCCUGGAGCUGCUGCAGUUCAACAUCAACGUGCCGUCCAGCGUCUACGCCAAGUAUUACUUUGACCUGCGCUCCCUGGCUGAGGCCAACAACCUCAGCUUUCCCCUGGAGCCCCUCAGCAGGGACAAGGCCCAGAAGCUGGAGGCCAUCUCACGACUGUGUGACGAGAAAUACAAGGACUUGAGGAAACUAGCCAAGAAGCGGUCGGUGAGUGCAGACAACCUGAUGGUGGUGCGGUGGUGUCCGGCCAUCAUUUCCUAACACUGGCCACCGGCAGCGCCGCAGCAGCAGCAGAGGAGGAACAGAUCAGACCUGUCAGACGAACUGUAUCUCUGCCUGGUAAGCAGGCAAACCAGGUGGGCAGCAGUCCUGUGGAUCAGUGGGUUUGUCUGUCACACACACACACACACACACACACACACAACCUGGCACUUUUACACGUGUGAUUGCACCCUCUCUGGGUUGUUGUACAUAGAAGAAGCCCCACUGGCUGCCUGCACUGCACCAAACAGAGCUGAGCUGAACCAAACUGAAGCGUGUGAGUGAACGUUGGUGGAAUAAAGACCUCGACUGCAGAAGAGAAGAAGAGGCCAAACUGAAAUACAGCUGGCAGCAGCGUCACAUUAUUCCCUCUGAGGCUCAGCUGCCUCGUACGCUUGAUUGACAGAGGCCAUGUACAUUCCUUUGAUUUUAAACCUCUGGCUCAGUCUGUUGUUUUUUUUUGUUUUUUUGGCCAAAUCACGACAUCAUUUUUUUUUUGACAGCUUACAAACACAUCCAGAUUUUAAAUACUCAGUUCCUCCGUUUAAUUAAGUGUUUUGUUCUUUAUCUGUUCAUUUUCAUUCCCAUCCAGCAGAGACCUCAAGCAAAUACAGCAGAGAGGCGCGUACAUUCCACUGUUAACGCCAGUGUACAGUUAAUCCAUGCGACUGGAGCACAUAUCAUCAGCCAUCCUUGUUUAACUUAUCCCAUUUACAUCGCAGCCAUUUAACUGAAGUUCUCAUGCAGAGCGCUAACAGUGUUUAGCUCAGUGGCACUUUGACAGGACCUGGGAAUUCAACGCGUACAGAUCCAGUCGCAGGAGGGUUUUUCUUACAGCCAGGCCGUCAGGCCUCCGUUCAGACUCAGCUGUUCACCUGAAGCAAUAUUCAUGCACCACUUUGUUGUUGCAACUGGACACAAUAAAGCUUGUGUACAUGGGAGAGGACUGACUGGAAGGUGGGGUCCACUACUCUGAGACAGAUGUGAGACAUUCUGUAGAGCUUCUGUUGUACUUUAUUCACUGCCAUUGUCCUGACCUGUGGUGCCUGUAAUAAGCUAGUUUAACACUUCUCCCCUUUCUACUGGAGGAAAAGAACAAAUAACUGAAGUAUUUUUUUCUUUAAGGUUUUGUAUGGUUCUUCCAACUUAAAAACAAACAGCACAAAAGGAACAUGGACGUUUAGAAGCCACUGAGAGCAUGACUCUUCAGGGUUGUUUCUGUGGGUGGUGUUCUGCAGGGGACCUAAAUGAAUGAAAAACGCAUUAAAUGACGACUCAGUCACUGAUUACAGGAAGAUAGAUUGUAAAAAAUUUUGGUAAAUUGUCUCUGUACAGUGUGAAUACAGCGCCAGUGUGCAAAUCCAUAGACUGAAGUCGUACUGUAAAAAAAAACAACACAAAAACACACAAAAAAAAAGAAUAAUGUUAGAAUAUUUAUAUUGGAUCAGAUUUUACUGUGUGUGAGGAAGCAGUAAAUAGAAGAAGUAUUAAGAUUUAAAUGGGAGACACCACUGAGGAUUUUUUUUUUGUCUGUUUUCUUGUUUAGAUGUUUUCGCACUGCAGAAAAUGCCAAGUUUGUAUGUGUUCCAUACUGUAUAUGGUAUAUAGAAAAUACACAAAGACAAUUCAGGCGCAUUUUAUUAUCUGUCGUCAUUUUUAAGGAUUUUUUAGCCCCAGUCUGUGAAACUAACAGGAUGUAGUGACAGGUUUUCAGGGAAGUCAGAAAUGUCACUGAGUGAAUCAGUAAAUAUUGUUAGUUAAAUAAUUCAAAGACAGCAAAAAGAAAUAUAAAGCUUUUAAUUGUUCCUUUUUUUUCCCACUUUAACACAAAUCAGUCAAUUAAAAAACAUUUAAAAUGUGUUUAUUUUAAUCUUCAUUGAAAAUGUGGAAAGACGUGUAUUUUAUCAUCUGAUUGGUGGUUAAUUUAUAAAAAAAAGCUUUUUACUUUUAUCAGCUGAUUGGGUGUUAAAGGAAAUGAACAAAUCGUGUCCUGAUUGGCUCUUUUCUUAGAUCAGAAAUAGGAAAACAUACAGGAAUGUAGUCGAGGAUGAACCAACAAAAUCAGUUUACUUGGUUUAAUUCAUUCAAGUUUAAUGAGGAUGUGGGUCGAUUAAAGUGAGAAGUUUCAAAUCUAUAAACUUUGUAAUCGGGUUUAUUUGCCUUACGAUCCGCUGGACUCAGAUUAUUCUCCACUACAUUACUGUAUUCUUAAAAACACCACGGAAUAGCCUGGAAAUCUCUCCUCCGUCAGGCUUCCAGCUUAUUUUGUGCGUUUCAUCAGCAACUUGCUCGUCUGUGAUCAGACGUCAAGCUGCUGGAGAAAGGAUCGCUCAGUGAGACUUCCACCUCUGACCAGCAGGUGUGAGGAGGGACAGAACUGAACCAAAGUCAUGGAGAAAUGAAGGACGAUCCCGUUCGACCAGUGACUGUACACACACGUGUGUAUACACGUAUAUACUUUUGUGCGUACAGUCACUGCGUUGGACGCGUUGCUCUGAUCUGAACCAGCCCUCUUGCACAUAAAGUAAAUGAAAAGGAGUGGGGACCUGGAAAGAGAGCUGUUGUUUUGCCUGGUGCUUUGAAUGAGUGGAGAAUAAAGUGAAACUGUCUCUGUAGGAAAGUGAUGUUGCUGUUGUGAGUUCAAACUGUUGAGGUAUUCAAAGAUUGUAUAUCCUAUUUAUUGUAUGUGUGUGUGCAUACAGCUCGGUCUGGUGUUGUGUGGACUCAGAAGUAAGCGUUGAUGCCGUGUGGUUCACUAUGUUGAGUCCUGAGGUGGAAAAUUUCUCCCGUACAGCAGCGACCUCGGGCCUGUGGCGUCCUGUCAGCUGGUUACUAGGUGUGUGUCAUAGCCUUGUGCACUGAACUCUACCUCUGCAUAGAGUUUUCUUUUUCUCUUGGUUUCUCUUCCUCUCUGCAAUGACAGUUUUUGGAUUUUCCAAAUUCGGCUUUGAUCACGACAGUUUCCUGUGCUAACAUCAGCCAACUGCUGUAGCUGUGACCUUUUUUUGUUUUGUUUUUUUUUUCCAUCGAUAUUUUCAACGAGUUGUACUGUAUUCUGUUGUUACUGUCAGUGAUUUAUUUCCUUUUUAGUGAGUCAUUUGUUCCUGUUCUCAGUUUGCCAAACUCAGAUCUCUCUCUCUCUCCUCUCUUUUUCUCUGUAUGUUUUCUAUUAUGAUUUUAAGAACUUCUCCCGACUCUUCUCCUCUGAAGCAAUGUUUAGAAAAACCUGUGCGAGAAUUAAACUUUAAAACGUU